AUGGAGGUGGCUCCCGAUGCGCGUCCCGCUGCGGAGGAACCGCAAGGAAACGUCCACUCCCCACCAGAGGAGGCUCCCGCAUUCUGCUCGGCGGAGAAUCUGAAGGUGGCCGCGGUGCAGGCGGUGGGCGGGUCGCUGCACGGGUUCUCGAUUGGCUUCGUUGGCGUGUACGCCUAUUUGUACCUGAUGACGACUGACUGCUCCAUGUACAAGUCGCGGACGGCCUGCGACACCGUAUUGAACGCGAAGUGUGGGUGGAACGCGACUCGAGGGAAAUGUGGCUGGAGGAGCUUCACUUGUUAUUGGGCCUACGGCAAGAAUAAGGCGCCGUGCCUCGCGGACGACAGGUGCAAGUGGAUGUACGGCGACAAGGAGUGCAAGAACCCGAUUGGCUACAGCGCAGUCUAUAAUGGUAUCUUCGCCGGUGCGAUGAUACUCGGUGCGCUGCUUGGGUCGAUCUAUGCCGGACAAUUCGUCGCGCGCUUUGGGCACAAGGUGUCGUUUCUGGUUAUUGGCAUCGUUGGCGUUGUGUGUUCUGUGCUGUACCAUGUUUCCUCGGCAACGGAUGAGUUCUGGGUGCUGUGUGUUGGUCGGCUGCUGAUCGGCGUCGUACUCGGUCUUGUUUGCGUUGUCUGCCCCAUGUAUUGCGAUCAGAACUCACACCCGAAGCUCACUGGCGUGGACGGUGUUCUGUUCCAGGUGUUUAUUACGUUUGGCAUCAUGUUUGCUGCCGCGAUGGGUUUGGCGCUUGGGCAAAGCGUGCAGUUUGACGAGGACACCAAGAUGCAGGCCCGCAUGCAGGGCUACUGCGCCUUCUCUACGCUGCUUUCGGUUCUCAUGAUCGUGCUUGGCAUUUUCCUGGGCGACAGCAAGACGAAGUUUGCGACCGGGAAGCGCGAGGAGGAGGAGGAGGACGACGAGGCGCUGGACCCGAAUGAGUACGGCUAC